CGCAACAACCCACAAUGCCCCGCGACGAAGAAGGAUACGCCGGCAGCGCCGGCGAAGAGAUGGCGCCCGAGACGCUCGCGCUCGACGCGACGCCGCCCAAGCCCGAGGGCCGGAUCGUGAGCAAGCGCAUGAUCCCCGCCACGGAGGCGGACACGGAGCACACGCGCAAGAUCCUGCGACGCAUGCCGUUCGCGGGCGACAUGUUCGCGCCGUACGUGCGGGCGAUCGAGGCUGAGCCGAUCCCGCCCGUCAACUCGCGCGGUGGACGCGACGUCGAGGGCUGGACGGCGGUGUACGAGGCGAUCGUGCAGCCCAACUGGGUGAAUGGCGGCGGAGGCCUGCACGGAGCUGCGGCGGCGUGGCUCGUUGACAUGUGCACUGGUUCGAGCUUCAGCCGGCUCCGCACCAAGACAUGGAACCCCGGAGGUCCCUCCAUCGCAAUUGACAUGUCGUAUUACAACCCGGCGCCAGCCGGAACACGUCUCCGCGUCACGACGGUCAUUGACCGCAUGGGCGGGCAGCUGUCGACAGCCCGCUGUCUCAUGAGCGAGUGGGAUUCGGGCAAGGCCAUCUGCUCCGGGAUGCACACGACCUUCAAGAACCCGCGCCGUAAGACGCCAGGAAGGGAGUUCAAGAUGGUUGAGCAGGCGAAGCUUUGAUAGAAAUUACACGUUGUAGAGGUAGCAGCAGCAUAAUGGCAUCCAUGG